AGGCUGCAGACCGCCAGCCUGGGCUGGUACCAUGGCCAAGUUCAGGGUGAGGGUGUCCACUGGGGAGGCCUGCGGGGCUGGCACUUGGGACAAAGUGUCCGUCAGCAUCGUGGGGACCCAGGGAGAAAGCCCCCCACUGCCCCUGGAUCACCUAGGGAAGGAGUUCACUGCGGGCGCUGAGGAGGACUUCGAGGUGACGCUCCCAGAGGACGUGGGCCGGGUGCUGCUGCUGCGCGUGCACAAGGCGCCCCCGCCACUGCCCAGGCCGCUCGGGCCCCUGGCCCCAGACGCCUGGUUCUGUCGCUGGUUUCGGCUGGAGCCGCCCUUGGGCUCCCCGCUUCUCUUCCCCUGUUACCAGUGGCUGGAAGGGGCAGGGACGCUAGUGCUGCGGGAAGGGGCAGCUAAGGUCUCCUGGGCAGAUGACCUCCCCGUACUGGAGCGCCAGCGCCAGGAGGAGCUGCAGGCCAAGCAAAAGAUGUACUGGUGGAAGACCUACCUCCCAGGCUGGCCUCAUUGCCUGGAUGAGGAGACUGUGAAAGAUCUGGACCUCAACGUCAAGUACCCUGUAGUCAAGAAAACCAAAUUUUCCUUGAAAUUAGGCUCUGGGGUUGCAGAGCUAAAACUCAAGGGGCUGCUGGACCGCACAGGGCUUUGGAGAAGUCUGAGGGAGAUGAAAAGGAUGCUCAACUUCCGAAGUUCUCCAGUAGGCGAGUAUGUAUAUAAACACUGGCAGGAGGACUCCUUCUUCGCCUCCCAGUUCCUGAAUGGACUCAACCCUGUCCUGAUCCGCCGCUGUCGCUUGCUCCCAAAGAACUUCCCAGUCACCGAUGCCAUGGUGGCCCCAAUGCUGGGCCCUGGGAACAGCCUGCAAGCUGAGCUGGAGAAGGGCUCCCUGUUCUUGGUGGAUCAUGGCAUCCUCUCCAGCAUCCAAACCAAUGUCAUCAAUGGAAGGCCUCAGUUCUCAGCAGCCCCAAUGACCCUGCUGUACCAGCACCCAAGAGGUGGACCCUUACUGCCUCUUGCCAUCCAGCUCAGCCAGACUCCGGGGCCAAACAGUCCUAUCUUCCUGCCCAGUGAUGAGAAGUGGGACUGGCUGCUGGCUAAGACCUGGGUGCGCAAUGCUGAGUUCUCUGUGCACGAAGCCAUCACACACCUGCUGCACGCGCACCUGCUGCCCGAGGUCUUUUCCCUGGCCACACUGCGCCAGCUGCCCCAGUGCCACCCACUCUUCAAGCUGCUGAUUCCACACACGAGGUACACCCUGUACAUUAACACGCUGGCCCGAGAGCUGCUCAUCGCCCCCGGGAAGGUGGUAGACAGGUCCACAGGCCUUGGCAUUGGAGGCUUCUCUGAGCUGAUCCAGAGGAACAUGGAGCAGCUGAACUACUCAGUCCUUUGUCUUCCUGAAGACAUCCGAGACCGUGGAGUUGAAGAUAUCCCAGGCUACUACUACCGAGAUGAUGGCCUGCGGGUCUGGGAGGCAGUGGAGCAAUUUGUCUCUGAAAUAAUCAGCAUCUACUACCCAAGCGAUGAGUCUGUCCAAGAUGACCAAGAGCUUCAGGCUUGGGUGAGGGACAUCUUCUCCAAUGGUUUCCUAGGCCGAGAGAGCUCAGGUAUGCCCUCCUCACUGGACACCCGGGAAGCUCUGAUCCGGUACACCACCAUGGUAAUAUUCACCUGCUCAGCUAAGCAUACAGCUGUCAGUUCAGGGCAGUUUGAUUCCUGUGUUUGGAUGCCCAACUUGCCAUCUACCAUGCAGCUGCCACCACCCACUGCCAAAGGUCAGGCAAGGCCUGAGGGUUUUGUAGCCACCCUCCCUCCAGUCAAUGCCACGUGUGACAUCAUCAUUGCCCUCUGGUUGCUGAGCAAGGAGCCUGGAGACCGAAGGCCCCUAGGCAUAUACCCAGAUGAGUACUUCACAGAGGAGGCCCCAAGGAGGAGCAUUGCCACCUUCCAGAGCCACCUGGCCCAGAUCUCCAGGGACAUCAGGAAGCGGAACCAGGACCUGAAGCUGCCUUACACCUACCUGGACCCUCCCCUCAUUGAGAACAGCGUCUCCAUCUAA